AUGGGAAUGUGGAGACACAACCGAUGUCCUCUACUUCUGAAUGAAACAGAGCUGCGGUGCACUUUCUGUGCAAGCCUCAGUAACACCUUCCGUAUUCACAAGGCAAGCUUGGACAAAAGAGGGAAAGAACAAAGGGUGAGGAUGCCCCUGUCUCCUUCGAAAAAGAAGAAGAUUGAUAUCUUGAGAAGGCAACGCAUUGCAUGCUCCAGGUCUAAAGUCAGGUUGCUAAAGAGAAACAGAGAGCUUGAAGCUGAAUUGUCUAUGUGCAAAAAAGAUCUGGAACAGCUGAGCAGCGAGAAGUUGAAUGAUGUUUUGAAGAAGUUGGCACUGCCUGAACCUCAACAAAUGCUGCUGCGCGAGUGCAUAUCAGCGGCUAAGUGCACUUCAAGUAAAGGAAGGCGCUACACAGACGAUUGGUUACUUUUGUGCCUACUUCUGCACAUUCGCAGCCCGGCUGGUUAUAGACUGCUCAGGGAGAAUGAUGUGCUGCCCCUGCCGUGUGUGAAAACCAUCCGCCGGUACAUUGCCAUUGUCGGAAUCAAGUGCGGGUUCGAUGUCAACUUCUUCGCAGUACUCAAAAGGAAGCUUCAAGGUAAAUCAGAAUUCCAAAGACAUGGCAUGCUGCUGUUUGAUGAAAUCCAGGUCAGGGAAAGAAAAGCUGUUAACUCGAAGACAUUGAGUUACACCGGACUCGUCGACCACGGAGACACCGACCAGGAAAGCUCCGAGCUAGCCAAUCACGGCCUAGUCUUUAUGUUUUGUCCCUUCGGUGAGAGCUAUGCGCAACCUGUUGCUGUGUUUGCUUCAUGA